GCGGCGCGGGCGGAGGAGCCGGGCGAGCUUUGGGGAGGACGGAACUCACCUCCUCUGCGGCGCCCAUGGGGACAGAACGACUUUAAAGGAGUUUGGGGGGUUCUGACGACCCGCUGGGCGACCACGGAUCCGGCGAUUCCUGCCCUCGCCUCGCCCUGUCAUUGAUGGGAAAUCAACUGGAUCGCAUCACCCACCUGAAUUACAGUGAGCUGCCUACCGGGGACCCCUCGGGGAUCGAGAAGGACGAGCUGCGCGUCGGGGUGGCUUACUUCUUUUCGGAUGAGGAGGAGGACCUGGACGAGCGAGGCCAGUCAGAGAAGUACAGCGUGAAGGGCUCCGGCAGCCCUGGCCAGGAGACGCCCACCCACCACCUCCACCACCAGCUCGUGCUGAACGAGACCCAAUUCUCCGCUUUCCGCGGCCAGGAAUGCAUCUUCUCCAAGGUCAGCAGCGGCCCCCAGGCUGGGGACCUGAGCGUCUACUCGGUGUCAGCGCUGCCUGCUCUCUGCAAGCCGGGGGACCUGCUGGAGCUACUCUACCUGGGGCCGUCGGAGCAGCCGCCGCCGCCGCACUGGGCAGUGUACGUGGGCAGCGGGCAGAUCAUCCACCUGCACCAGGGGCAGAUCCGCCAGGACAGCUUGUACGAGGCGGCCGCGGGCAACGUGGGCCGGGUGGUGAAUAGCUGGUACCGCUUCCGCCCACUGGUGGCUGAGCUGGUGGUGCAAAACGCCUGCGGGCACCUGGGCUUAAAAAGCGACGAGAUCUGCUGGACUAACUCCGAGAGCUUCGCCGCCUGGUGCCGCUUCGGGAAACGGGAGUUCAAAGCCGGGGGGGAGCUGCAGGCUGCUGCCGGCACCCAGCAGCAGUACUAUCUCAAGAUCCACUUGGCGGAGAACAAAGUGCACACGGUAAGUGAUGUGCAAAAAUCUGUCAGAGUUUAUAGACCUCUUUAUGCGAUGUGUUGAGCAGCUGUAACUCCAACCAAAGUUGGCUGAAGUUGAGAGAAUUCUGGAUCUCACUGGAGACAUGGAACAUCCUGUAGGAUCAGGUACCUCAACCCCCGCUUCCCCCCUUCCCAUCCCCCAAAGUUUCCAAAUCUGUCUUUUCAACUACAGAAGAAAUAGGGGACUGUGAUAUCUACUGUGACUUUUACUGUUAUUUUCUAUGAAAGUUUUCUACUAGAGUAGUGUAGAAGUGUUCUGUCCAUAAUUUUACUUAGCUGUGAUGGAAAAAAAAGAUGGUAUGUGUUGAUGCUUAUAUUUUGUAAAUGGUAUUUUUUCUGCUUUAUAUCCCAGGAGAAAGAUGAUGGUCUCAGUCCAAAAGGAUUAAUCCAGAAAUAUGUAGGGAGGUAUGAUUGGGCUACUAAGCUGAGAGCAGUUUCACUGCAGAAUUACGUUUGAAAGGAUAAUAAUGUAUGACUAGAGUGUGAUCACAUGCUGCUGUUUGUUCAUGAAUGUCAGUGUUUCCAUGGCAAAUCUGGAAUUUAUUUACUUAAUUAUUAUGAAAUACGAAACUUCUCUGCUCUCUGAGUUCAAAUAUGACAAGUAAAACAGCUCUACAUUCAUGGAUCCUCUGAAUGGUAGUUUGAUCUGUCAAUUCUUUAUUUUUAUUUUCCAGUUUCACUAUAAAGAAAAUUAAUACUGGGGUCAGAUAUUUUACUGAACUGCUUGUAAAUGAAAAGAAGAUGUUAGGUUGGGAAAAAGGCAGUGAGGAUUCUUCUGUUACUUGAAGUGCUAUUGGGUUUAUUCUCAGUUUAUAUACAUAUAAGCUAUUAGUCCUACAGUGUUUUUUUUUUUUGUUUGAUUUUUGUUUGGUUUUUUUUUUUUUUUUUGAGAAAGUAAUUGUGACACUAUGUAUUCUCUCUUUUGUAAUAUGAUAUUAAUUUACAUAUAUAAUACAUAUCCCUUGUGAAAUUAUUCUUUUUCCAUAUAUUGAAAUGUCACCAUGCCUUGGAAAGUAAUCAUUAUUUGAACCAUGUUUAUUUUUGAAAAAGAAAUUAGAAUUUGUCUGAUAGCAUUUAUACUUGAGCAGGUAGUAAUAUUCACUUUCACUUCUUAAUUUUUAAUAUUUUGCAUCAUUAACAAAUCUACUCAGGUGGUUAUAUCCAGAGGAAUCAUCAGCAUAGGCCAUAUGGAUUGAGAUAGUUGAGAUUAUGGUUUUAUAAGAUCACACUUCAUUUUUUUUCUUUUUCUUUUUGAAAGAAUAUUUUUAUUUGAGGAAUUCUGGGAGUUUCUGGUUCUGCAUAUGAUCCAAGCAUAAAACCACUUGCUUCUGCAAAUGUUUGUAAUAUCAGGUCCUUUACCAUAAGGGUAAAGGAAGGGUCUAUCCCCUUCAUCUGGCAUUUACUUGAGGUUAAAGUUGAGGAGUAGGUCUAGCCAACAUCCUGACCAUCAAGUGCACACAAUUCAAUGGAAAAAUUAUGUACAUGGUGUUUACCAGAAGAGCCUUAAUUGCAUAUUCUUGCUUGUACAUAUAGUAAUUAUCUAUGCAAUUCUGGCAUUUUCCUAGGUAAAGUGGGUUAAUGCUUUUCAAAUAUAUAUUUUUUUCCGCUUGUGUGACUGUGUGGGUACAACUGUUGGACACUGACAGAAGAUGGGGAAUUAGCAUAUGGGCUUGUGUCUCUGAAGUGCCAAUCCCCUGCUGUUUUAGUAGGGAGUCAGACAGAAUUUGAAAUUAAUGUGAGUACUGCAAAAAAAAAGGUGGGAGAAUUAGUUAAACUUUUGAAGAAAGAAGUUCAAGCUAAACUUGAAAGCUGUUCUUUCUUCUCCACGGUUAGUGAGGGUGAGUAACUGUGUAUCCCUCAUGCACAAAACCAUUCCCAUUUUGGAGAUUCGUUAUACGCUCUAGGCUAAAUAGUGAGCAAAAUAAGCAGUGUCAUCAGCCUUAAGUAACAAAUAAUUUUUCUAAGCCUAAAUGCUAUUUGGAUACACAGUGACAUUGGCAAUCUACUUUGAAAGUUGCAUGAAGUCAUGAACUAAACUUAGAAAUGAAGGACUUCAGUCGUCUUUCUACUUCCUAUGUAGGGGAGGUUAGAGCUUGUUACCAGUACCUACUUCAUGAACACAAUCCUGUGGUGGGCUUUACAAUGAAGCAAUCAAACCCUAGAAUUAGUUCUAACGUAACACUGAGAACCUAUAUCCAAUGGCAUGAGUAAAUACAGAGUGCCACAUCAUGACCCUCCUUCACAGCAGAGUACUUUACACCACAGAAGGAAUAUUCCUCAUAAGUUAUUCAGUGUGAGUAAACACAUCACAAUCUGGUCUCAAAACAGAUAAUCUCUUUCCAUAUGUUCCCAUUGUUUCCAUGUGCCCUUUCAGUCAGUUGAAAGCAAUAUUAAAGACUGAGUCUGAAAAAUGUGAUAAUUGUUUGUAAAUAUUUAAACAGAAAUUUAUAUGCAUAUUGAUAUACAACUAAUAUAUAUAAUAUUGUAAAUAUGUAUACAUAUGCAUAAUGCAUACAUAAUAUGUAUAUAAUAUGCAUAUGCACACACAAUAAGUCUUGACUGUUUUGUUAGUACUGGUAAUAAAUGGCAGUCAUUACUGUAUGUAUAUUAACUGUGCAACAAAUGGAUACCCAAGAAUAUACUGGCAGGAUAUAAACACUAUUCAAUAUUUAUUCUUCAGGGUAUGCCAUGGUCUUCUGACAUCAAGAUAAGUUGAUUAAAUAUGUGGGUUUUGAUGUAUUGCUACUUACUACAGGAAAAAAAAAAUCAAGGAGCAUUACACUUUGCAAUAACAAACUAUCCUUUUAGUAUGAACUAUGCUGCUACUUACUUGUGUGUUCAUAAAUAAAUAAAAAUGCCCCAGUAACGUAUCUAUCCAUCCUCUCUUUGGCAUACAUUAAUGAUAGCGCCACAAUUUAUUAUUAUUAUUAUUUGUUGUUUUUUUUUUUUUUUACUAAUUUAAACAUUUGUUAUUGCUAUUGUUGUUUUUCCGUUUGCUGUAAUGUUUUGGAAGCAAACCACUGUAUUAAGCUGUGUUCUGUUGUUUAGCCAUGCUCACCUACUGUUGUACAGUUGUUUGAAAGUAAAGUGGCAGCUGGCUUUUCUUGAUUUUUCUCAGAUGUUUUAUUUGAAAAGCUGAAAGGCGAGACUUUGAAAAACACUUGUAACUGAGUUGGCUCCUUCCCCACUGAGCACACUGUUGACCUUUCACCAAAUUAUUUGGGCCAUAGCGAGGCUAACCUGUCUACUUUAGAAAUCUUACAUUAUGGAUACAGGGUGAAAAUGAGAUCUGUCAAGAACAGUGAGUGCUGUGAAAAUAAUAAGUAAAUAAAAGCAUUGCUGCUGAAAAUAGGUCUAAUAGAACAUGGAUAAGUGAUAUUUCUGGUAAUUACAAUAUCUGAUUAAGCACUGGCACCAGUUACUUUUAAGAAGCUUAGGUUGUGUUUCAUGCUACAACUUCAUUUAACAGAGAUGGCUUGGAUGAGUGCUGUAUCUGUUAAUAUUUAUCAUCUAACUGUAUGAUAGAACUCUGUUUAUUUGCAUAUGACACAACCCUACUUUAUCUUUGCAUUCAAACUUUUUUGCAUGAUAUGUGUGCCUAUUUUACAAGGUUUCUGGAUCAGUAUUUCUAGCCUGUCUGGCUUUAUAUCAUUGAUUCUUCAGUUAGGUGUAAUCAAAGGUCAUUAAUAUUGAAAAGUUCACUUUAAUUGACCCAUCGACUUAUUUUAAUUAUGGCAGUAUAAAAGAGUGUCAAGUGCUAAACUCCUACAAAAAUAAUCAGUUAAUAUGUGGAUUCAAUAUUUCCUGUGUCUUUUUAGCUCUAGCUAAGGACUGUAAAAGAGUUCCCUCCAUCUUUAUCUCUCUUUCAAGGUGAAGAAAUAUGACAAAAUAGAUGGGUAGAAAAAAAAGCUUCUUAAAAAAAAAAAAAAAAAAAAAAAAAAGGCAGAAAUCUUGAACUGUUCUUUUAUAUUUACUAUUUGUAUACAGAUUAACUUGGAAAAAUGCAGGUAAAAUUCUCACUUACAGUAGGAGCACCAAUUAUAGAAAUGAUACCCUUUGAAUUUCGGCAUACUAAAAUCUUGCUAAAUAAUUUUCUUUUCCAUUUCAUAGCAUGCUAGUUACUUUUUUAAUCCAUAGGAACCCAAAGUUGAAUUCUCUGUGUGCUGAUAAUGUACUCUAGCAGAAGCAGAAAUGUUAAAUGUUUGCAUAAUGUGAAUGAUAUCAGAAAACCUCUCUUGAAUUUCAUUUUCCUAAAAUCAUUAAUAUCGUGCAUACCUUUGAGUCUGCAUGAGAUUAAUGACUUUCCUCAGAAUAAUUGUCCAAGAUAAUGUAAAUGAAAAUAAAGCUGAAACAUGACGUGUUAGAA